AUGAAGCUUCAUCGAUUAGGAGCCGUUCGAUGCGGACCGUAUAAACGCAUCGCCAUAAGGUCAUACGCAAUGAAUGGAGUGCGGGCACAAGGCAGCGUCGCCACGAGCCACGAGCCACGUAUGCGAUGGUACGGUGAGCCGUUAUCAGGUGAGCGUCGCGGCGGCGGCGGUGGUGGGGAUGGGGCCGUAAGAGCGGGCGCCGCGCGGGGGCGGCUCAGUCAGCGGCUGACCGCCGGG